UGCUUUGACCUGCGAGUGUUUAUUUGCGUGAGGACGCGUAUACGAAAUGGAAUAUCGUGAACUUGCGCCUUAAACUCUUUGUCACCCUGAUUCUGCGAAUGCAUUGAGAGGAAGCGGUUCGUAGUACUUUGCAAACUGCAAAACCUGUCAGAAAGAGUGCGUUUUUUUUUUCUGGAGAGCCCUGCGAUAGGCAUGCACAAGCACGCAGUUCUCCGGCAAGUUCGCCUCCUAUCGGAGGCUCGGCUAUCACGUGACUCUCGGCUGCAGGCAGCAUCGCUGAAAGUUCAUAACUUCCGUGUAGAAGCAGCUGUUCGUCGUGCCGCAUCAACCAUGGCUGGAAGAACGGUAACUCUUGACAACAUGAACCCUCACCUCAUAACCAUGGAGUAUGCUGUUCGCGGUCCCAUCGUUAUUCGAGCAGGGGAAAUUGAGAAGGACCUUAAAGCGGGCAAAAAGUUCAACUUCACUGAAGUGAUUCGAGCCAACAUAGGCGAUUGCCAUGCAAUGGGUCAAGUGCCAUUGACCUUCUUUCGCCAGGUCAUAGCAGCAUGUGCAAAACCUGACUUGAUGAAAGGGGACUUGAUUCCUGCUGAUGUAAAAUCAAGAGCUCAAAGUAUUCUGGAGGGCUGCGGAGGAAAAAGCGUAGGUGCCUACAGUGAUAGUGCAGGUGUCGAAAUCAUUCGGAAACAUGUUGCUGAGUAUAUAAGUCAGCGAGAUGGUGUGAAUGCCAAGUAUGAGGAUGUGCUUCUGUCAACUGGUGCCAGCGAGUCUGUUCGGUCUGUGCUGAACUUGCUUAAUGUGCAUAAGGACGGAAAGCCAUCUGGAGUGAUGAUUCCAAUCCCCCAGUAUCCUCUCUACUCUGCAACCCUUGCAGAGUAUGGUGUAUAUCAGAUAAACUAUUAUUUGGAUGAAGAAAACGACUGGGCAUUGAGCAUCAAAGAACUUGAAAGAUCUCUCAAUGAAGCUAAAAAAGUUUGCAAUCCCCGUGGUCUCGUUGUAAUUAAUCCUGGAAACCCUACCGGAGCAGUCCUGACGGAGCAGAAUAUCAAAGAAGUUGUUGAGUUUGCUUAUAAGCACAAGCUUUUCCUUAUGGCUGAUGAGGUGUAUCAGCACAACAUCUAUGCUGAAGGGGCUGCAUUCCACAGUUUUCGCAAGAUAAUGCACAACAUGGGUCCCCCUUACUCUGACAUGGAACUUGCUUCAUUUAUGUCUGCUUCAAAAGGCUACAUGGGAGAGUGUGGAUUGCGUGGUGGAUAUGUAGAGGUGAUAAAUCUUGAUCCAGCUGUAAAGCGUGUCCUGUUGAAGUCAGUUUCUGCCAAAUUGUGUUCCUCUGUUUUAGGCCAGUGUGCCAUGGACUGUGUUGUCAACCCUCCGAAACCUGGUGAACCAUCAUAUGACUUGUUCAUCAAGGAGAAAACAGCAGUCCUGGACUCUUUGAAAAAGAGAGCACAGCUUGUUGCUGACACAUUCAACUCAUUUGAAGGGUUUCGCUGCAACAGAGUAGCUGGAGCCAUGUAUGCAUUUCCAAAGUUCACACUACCCCAAAAAGCCAUUGAGGAGGCAAAGGCAGCUGGCCAGGCACCAGACUUCUUUUAUGUAAUGCAGCUGCUUGAGAACACUGGUGUGUGCGUUGUCCCUGGAAGUGGCUUUGGACAGGUGCCCGGCACAUAUCAUUUUAGGACCACUAUAUUGCCCCCAUUGGAGAAGCUCCAGCUGAUGCUGUCACAUUUCAAGGACUUCCACCACAAGUUCAUGAACAAGUACAAAUGAGUGCUGUAUUCACAAAUGAGACAUUUCCAUAGUCCUUGCGCUGUAUCCAUUGGGGCUGCCAAAAAUUACCUAUACCACGUGCUUUCGCUCAGACUGUGAGACUAGCUAGAACACCGUGCAUCAUUUUCAAUGUUUAGAUGUCUGACCAUUAAUGGAUGAUAGUGGUAUGUGUAAGUACUCUGUAUGUGGGUAUGACAUCAUUAAUUUCUACGUUUGUCAUCAGUUUUAAGUGCUGUUAUACUAGGUAUAAGGUGCCGAGAAUUUUUAUUUUUACUGCUUUUCGGAUGCUCCUUUUGUUGUUCUGCUACAAUAUUAAGACACAGCGUAUGAUAUUCAUGCAUUGUUGACCUCAAUAUUAUUGCUGCCUAUUUUUUAUGCAUGGAGAGUAGUAAUUUGUAGGUUUGCCUUUACAGCUAUGAACAUUCUUAAAGGUGCAGCGAUAUAUUACGAUGUUUCCUGUUGGAAAUAGUGCCAUACACACGUUUCCCUUGAAGGGAAGUAUGUAAACCGGUCUAGUUUUCAACUUUUUAUUAUUGCGAAAGCGUUUGAGUUAUGUUGUCAGUGUAAAUUAGCACUGUGAUGACUUCAGAGCUGAUUUUAAGUAGCAAUAAACAUACAACUCCUAGUUAA